AGCAACUGGGAGGACACAGUAAGAGGACAGCGGAUAAGGGAGAGAAAUACAAGUGUGUAGAUGCCGGGAGCUUUUUUGCUCCUCUUUUGCCUCUGGCCAGGGUUUGCACAAGAACGUCAGCGCCCUAACUCAUUCCUAACGAGAGUAUAUAUUAAGUGCUUUGAAAUGUUUCUAACUUCAUGGGACAGCCAAAGCAGGCAAGUCUGACAUCCGUGCCGUCUAGAGAAGAGCCAAAGAUGUUUGUCUUGCUCUAUGUUACCAGCUUUGCCAUUUGUGCAAGUGGACAACCCCCACGGGGGAAUCAAUUCAAAGGCGAGAGCUACUCCCCAAGAUACAUCUGUAGCAUCCCAGGCUUACCUGGGCCUCCAGGGCCCCCUGGAGCAAAUGGUUCUCCGGGUCCCCACGGUCGGAUCGGCCUUCCGGGACGAGAUGGUAGAGAUGGCAGGAAAGGAGAAAAAGGCGAAAAGGGGGCUGCAGGUUUGAGAGGUAAGACUGGACCCCUGGGCCUCGCUGGAGAGAAAGGGGACCAAGGAGAGACUGGGAAGAAAGGACCCAUAGGACCAGAAGGAGAAAAAGGAGAAGUAGGUCCAGCUGGAGCCCCUGGGCCAAAGGGAGACAGGGGAGAGCUUGGGGACCCGGGGCCGCCCGGAGUUUGUAGAUGUGGCAGCAUCGUGCUCAAAUCUGCCUUUUCGGUAGGCAUCACAACCAGCUACCCAGAAGAGCGGCUCCCAAUCAUAUUUAACAAGGUCCUCUUCAACGAAGGGGAGCAUUACAACCCUGCAACAGGGAAGUUCAUCUGCGCUUUCCCAGGCAUCUAUUACUUUUCUUAUGAUAUCACGUUGGCCAACAAGCACCUGGCCAUCGGGCUGGUGCACAACGGGCAGUACCGGAUAAAGACCUUUGAUGCCAACACCGGGAACCACGACGUGGCUUCAGGGUCCACAGUCAUCUACCUGCAGCCAGAAGACGAGGUCUGGCUGGAGAUCUUCUUCACGGACCAGAACGGCCUCUUCUCAGACCCAGGUUGGGCAGACAGUCUGUUCUCUGGAUUUCUCCUCUAUGUCGACACAGACUAUCUAGAUUCCAUCUCAGAGGACGACGAGCUGUGAUUGUCAGACCUGGAUGCUCCGAGAACCUGUGGCAGCCGCUUUGACUUACUCUGGGGCCCUGGUAGGCAGAACAUGCAGUAACAAGAUCCAAAAAGAUUCCCACCCAGAUGCCAGAGCAUUAAAAGACAGUUCUAGCAGAAGCCAUUAAAACAAGAUGAACCAGUUGAAAUGAUGCUGAAAUAAAUUACAUAAACCGAUCACCCCAGAUAUGAAUUCUCUUGAAAGCGAUCUUCAUAAAUAUUUAAACAAAUUAAAGACAAUGUUAACAAAUUUUCUAUUAAAUUCCCUGAGUGAUGAAACCAGCUGGCAAUAAUAUUGGCUCAUUAAAUCUCCAUCAAAUUACAUGUUUUGUCUGUUAUUUAAGAGAAUCAUAACAUCCCCUCUUUGACAAUUCUCAAAAGGCUCUAGUAAGUCAUAAACCAAAGGUAAGAGAUGUAGGGUCAUUUUAAGCAAGCUAAAGUAAGUAAAGUGAUAAUUUCUCUUGUUUUCUUAGUCCUUGUUUCCUGCUUGCAAAUAUUCACUCCACAAUUUUUUAAUGAGCUUACCUGCUCCAGACCUUAUGAGGCUGGGUCAGAUUUAAUAAUAAGUUAAGGUGAAAUUCCUACCUUAAUGUAGACAAGCAUCAGAAUAGAUUGGUUCAAUACUGGAGGCACUUGGGACCUGUUAUUUCUGAAAGCGGAGACCAGAGGAGGUUUUGCACUAGGCAUGCUAAGACCUCUGUGUUUAGGUAGGUGAGAGGGAAGACACCAAACAAGGAAUUCAGUGGCUUUAUUCUCCCCUCCCAUUCCUCAAAACACCCUUGGUGGGCCUCCCCGGUGGCGCAGCGGUUGAGCGCUGGGUUGCAAAGCUGCCCUCAGCCUCUGCGGCGCCGGUUCGAUCCCCGGCUGCUCCCCGGCCACCGGAGGAGGGUCCCACAUGGCGUGCAGACCUCUCCUGCCGCCCGCUGCUCCCCUCAGCAGUGUACCUCGGUCCUUCUGCCUGCUCUGCUCCCCGCUCUGGCUCUGGUGAAUUCUCUCACCCUCCCGCGCUUCUGACUCUACCCAGUGCAUGUAUAAACAAACAAACAAACAAACAAACAAAUAAAAACAUGCCUCUAUAAAAAAAAAUAAAAAUUUAAAAAAACCACCCUUGGUAUAAGCAAUGCAGAGGUGUGAAAAAUGUAGAGAUAAAGGCAGCCUGGAAGGGGCAAUGGAAAUGAAGAAUCAUAAAUUACUAGGACCAACCAGUAAGUCAUUCUCCCAAGCCUUUGAAGGGGCUGAUUUCUCAGGACAAUGAGUUGUCCUCAUGGCUUCCUGACAAAUAACAGACCCGCUCUAUUAUAGCCAGACAUAGUGCCUUGUAGGUUUCCUAAGUAUAGAAUUCAGAUACAGCAGAGUAGAUGUCCUUUACAUAUGAGUGAGCUGAUGGGUGGAAUGAGCGACCAGACACAGACCAGAAUCCUGAGCAAAUUGAUGUUCCAGUCAACUCCCACAGCUCCCACUCUCAGCAGUGUCAACAUCUUAUUCUCCAGUAAAUCUCACCCUCAAUUCUCUGGUCUUCCUCUCCUUUAACAGUAGUAGUAGUAUUCCUUUGCUGUCUCUCCCUCUUAGUGUCUCCUAAUGCUCCUGCCAUGCAAUCCUCUCUUUGCUCAUUCAUUUCAAAACUGUUUUUUAAUGGACAGGAGUCUGGGAGACCAAGGAUGAUGCCAAUUAGACAAAGAAGAGUAAAUAAAAAGGGUGGUUUGAGAUAGUCACUUGCUUCUAGACAACAGCUUCAACCUGGAAUUCCAUGCUACCAAGUGUAAAAAAUAUAAACAGAAGAAGCUCAUCUGGGUAACAUGAAAAUAUGGGCCCUUUGGACACAAUGGGAUUUGCUGGAGGAACUGGAAAUGAAGACGUUAUUGCAGACAUGGCCACAAGACUGUUUUGUGAAUUCGAUUUUCUUCUUAUGGUCUUCCAUUAAUGCAUUUAUUUCUUGGCAUUGUCUACUUUUAAGUGUUUCUUUCGUGAUGAAGUCUAUUUUGAAUAGCUUUUGAAACUGAAGUUUCUUUAGCUGGUUGUAAACCCAGCAAUAAAUUUUAUUUUUAAUGUCACUGAUGGGAUCAGAGUGUUAAAAUGGGAAAGGAAAGGCUAUUUUGGUAUUAAAA